UAUUUUUUUAGUUUUCUGGUUUGCUGUUGUUCCCUUUCUCUGUAUGUUAACUUUUGAAAUAAUUAUUUGGCCUAUUUUUUGCCAAAUUCCGAUACUUUUUGCAAAAUAUUGGAUCAAUUUUGAUAACAAAUUCAAUUCAUAUCUUUCAUUAUUGCGAGAGAAGGAAAUAUGUUUAUUCAGUCUUCAACCUUCUAACCGUCGUAACAGUUCGUCAUCUACAUUACCAUUUCGUCAAUCUCGCCUAAAUUAUCUCAAAUGCCUUCGCAAUUAUAUCGAAACAUACCAUUCGGCCUCACAAUCAAUUUGUUCCACAAAGGAUGAUGUCAAUAAACUCUUUGUUAAUUUUAUUGGCCCAGAGAUGCGUUCCCUUCUUUAUGGGGAAUAUGAUGGGUGUGAGAGUGAAGAACAAACAUUUUUGAGUAUAACAGCUUUAAAGAGUUUAUGGCAAUGCAUGUUUUUGGUCAGAAGUGAAUUUUUACGUCUUUUUUUACUUGCUAUUCACCAAAAUAUUUUGUUAUUUCAACCCUUUGAAUUUUUUAAAAAUAUAUUUAUCCUCUUUAAAACUUUUUGGAAAACAUUUAAUUAUUUGGAUUUAUUUAAUCAAAGAGAAGAAUUAAUUUUUAAAUCAACUGAAGUGAAACCUAAAGAAGAAAAAAUUUUGAAAGAAAAAAUUGGAAAAUGGAAAAGUUUGAGUAAUUUUGCUAUUUGUAAAGCACAAUUGGAAUUUAUACUUGAAAGUUUCAACAACGAACAAGAAACUGAACAAAUAUCAGAACAAUUUGCUUUAAAUACAAUUUCUAAUCUUCAAUUAAUUAUCAAUUUGCUUAAACAAAAUAUAGAAAAAGCACCAAAAGAGAAUGAUAAAAAAUUAGAAAAUAAAAUUGAAGAAGCUUUAAAUGAACAAGAAACAGUUACUUUAAGUUGUGAGACUAAAAAUGAAGAAGAUGAUGGUGAAAAAGAAGAGGAUUUUCAGAUAUUCGAAUUAAAUCCAAAAUUUACUAAAAUUGAUUCUGAAGGAUUUGAAUUUGAGGACCAAAAUAUUGAACAGUCUUCAUCAAAUUCUUCUUUACCUUUUGGUUCUCAUAAAGCUAUAACAAAUGAAUUAAAAAAUGUUUUGAAUGAAAGAAAAGAAUUUUGUCUAAAAAGGGAAUGUAAAGCUUUGGCAAAAUUACGAGGUGUUUUACCUGAAGAAAUUGAGAAAGAAGAACUUGAUAGAAAACCUUUUAAUUUUUGCAAGACAGUUAAGGAUGAGGAAGAAAAAAUUGUUCCUAAAAGUCGAGGAGCUUUUGGUAUAAAUUCUACAGCAAUGGACACAAAUUGUUUAAAUGAAAUUUUGGAAAAACGCCAAGCUAUUUUUGCUUCUAAAAGUGAAUAUAUGAAAAUGGAAGAAUUUGGAGGAGGAGAUGAUGAAACUAAAGAGGAUGAACAGAAAUGAUUAAAGCAUUUGGUCUCGACAUCAUUUGUGCAUAAGCAAUUUUUGAAAGUAAUUCCCUCGUUCUUUCAGUAAGUUUUUCAGCUUUUUCAACAGCUAAUUCUAAUUCUUUUGCAGCUUGUGCACGUUGAUCAUCCAAUUCUAAAAGCUCUUUUUCAUGUAAUUCGAGUGAUUGUUCUGCUGGAGGUAAGGAUUCAACCAAAACUUCAAUAUCUUUGGAAGUAUGUGCUAUAUGUUGGGCAAAUAAUUGACAAUUCUUUUCGUCCUCAACCUCCUUUAAAAGGAAAAGAAUAUUUUUUAAAUUUAUGUUUUGUUUUAAAAAAUAUUUGAAUUUUUGGUGCACCCAAGAAAAAAAUAUUUUAAGAGAGGAGUUUUUGAAUUUAUUUAGUCAA